UGCGCGAGUUUGUGGAUUGGGCGCCCUGCGGCCCCACCAAGCCGGCAUUCUCCGUCCCGGCUGUCUCGACACGUGGUGGCGCAACCGUCGGACGGACGGGCCAUGUCCUUCACAGGGACCGGUUCCUUCGGGAACUAUGAUCUCACAGCGCAGACGACCGGGGCGCCGCCUGCGAGACCGGGGACCCACGAGCUGACAGAUGAUGGUAUCGCGCCGGCGGUCGAGUCGUCGCCGGGCCGGAACGAGAAGGUGAGCCGGACCCGUGCCACCUCGGAGACGGAGGUUACCGACGUGGACGCCCCGCGGUCCGAGAAGGAAGCCACUCCGGGAAAUGCCACCGACACGGCGGCCGAGGAUGAGGAGGACGACGAGGCGGACGCCAUCGAGCAGGAACGCCGCGGCAGUCUCGUGCAAGCUCUGGCGAGGAAGUACACGGCCCAGUCGAACGCCGAUGUCCAGCCCGGCGCAAACGUCUUCACCAUCGCUUCUCAGGAUGAGGCGUCGCCAUUGAACCCCAAUGGCCCCAACUUCAACGCCCGCGCCUGGGCCAAGGCCGUCGUUAACAUGGCCGCCGGCGAGGGCCACCAGUUCCGCACCAGCGGGGUUGCCUUCCAGAACCUCAAUGUUUACGGCUUCGGGUCUCCCACCGACUACCAGAAGGAUGUCGUCAAUGUGUGGCUCGAGGCGGUCGGCCUGGUGCGCAGGCUUACCGGCCACGGAAAGCGCCGGAUCGACAUCCUCCGCGACUUCAACGGCCUCGUCCGCAAGGGCGAGAUGCUGGUCGUCUUGGGUCCGCCCGGCUCGGGCUGCAGCACUUUCCUCAAGACCAUCGCUGGCGACUACAACGGCAUCUUCGUCGACGAAAACUCAUACUUCAACUAUCAGGGUAUGACUGCCAAGGAGAUGCACACCCAACACCGCGGGGAGGCCAUCUACACUGCCGAGGUCGACACUCACUUCCCCCAGCUCACGGUCGGCGAAACGUUGACCUUCGCCGCCCGCGCCCGCGCCCCGCGCCAGCUGCCUCCUGGAGUGUCCCGGACGCUCUUCGCCAACCACCUAAGGGAUGUCGUGAUGGCCAUGUUCGGCAUCAGCCAUACCAUCAACACCCGGGUCGGCAACGAGUAUAUCCGUGGCGUCUCGGGUGGCGAGCGGAAGCGUGUCACGAUCGCCGAGGCUGCUUUGUCCAAUGCCCCUCUACAAUGCUGGGACAAUAGCACAAGGGGCUUGGACAGUGCCAACGCCAUUGAGUUCUGCAAGACGCUGAGGUUACAGACCGAAUUGUUCGGCAACACGGCCUGUGUUUCCAUCUAUCAGUCACCGCAGAGCGCUUACGACCUCUUCGACAAGGUGCUCGUGCUGUACGAGGGGCGCCAGAUCUUCUUCGGCAAGGCCAGCGAAGCCAAGCAGUACUUCAUCAACCUGGGCUUCGAGUGCCCCUCCCGCCAGACCACGCCCGACUUCCUGACCUCCAUGACGAGCCCUCAGGAGCGCAUUGUCCGUCCCGGCUUCGAGGCCAAGGCCCCGCGCACGCCCGACGAGUUCGCCGCGGCGUGGAAGAACAGUGCCGAGUACAAGGCGCUGCAGGCCGAGAUUGAGGAGUACAAGAAGAACCACCCGAUCAACGGACCGGAUGCCGAGGCUUUCCGCGCCUCCAAGAGAGCGCAGCAGGCCAAGAUGCAGCGGCUCAAGUCCCCCUUCACGCUGUCGUACAUCCAGCAGAUCAACCUCUGCCUCUGGCGGGGGUGGAGGCGGCUGAUUGGAGACCCCAGCUUGAGCUUGGGUGCCCUGAUCGGGAACUUCAUCAUGGCCCUCAUCAUCUCCAGCAUCUUCUAUGACCUCCAGGAGACGACGGCAAGCUUUUACCAGCGUGGCGCCCUCUUGUUCUUCGCCUGCCUCAUGAACGCCUUCGCUAGCGCCCUCGAAAUCCUCACUCUGUAUGCACAACGUCCCAUCGUCGAGAAGCACGACCGCUACGCGCUCUACCAUCCGUCUGCCGAAGCUGUCGCCUCCAUGCUCUGCGACAUGCCGUACAAGAUCGCCAACGCCAUCGUGUUCAACAUCACGCUGUACUUCAUGACCAACCUGCGUCGGGAGCCGGGCGCCUUCUUCUUCUUCCUGCUCGUCUCCUUCUUCACCGUCAUGACCAUGUCCAUGAUGUUCCGGACAAUUGCCAGCUCGUCCAGGACCCUGUCGCAGGCCAUGGUACCCGCUGCUAUCAUCAUCCUUGCCCUCAUCAUCUUCACCGGCUUCGUCGUCCCCAUCGACUACAUGCUUGGCUGGUGCCGCUGGAUCAAUUACAUCGACCCUCUGGCCUACGCCUUCGAGUCGCUCAUGGUCAAUGAGUUCCACGGCCGGGAGUUUGCCUGCACACAGCUCGUCCCGAAUCCCGCAGUCAGCGGUUACGAGAACGUCGGGGACAUGAAUCGUGUAUGCUCCGCGGUCGGCGCCGUUGCUGGCUCGCCGUUUGUCAACGGGGAUGCCUACAUCAACUCCCAAUUCCGCUACUACCACGCACACAAGUGGCGGAACUUUGGCAUCGUCCUCGCCUUCAUGGUUGGCUUCCUCAUCUGCUACAUGGUAGCCGCCGAGAACGUCGCCGCCAAGAAGAGCAAGGGCGAAGUGCUGGUCUUCCGUCGCGGACACAAGCCGGCCGCCUUCAAGGAGAACAAGGGCGAUGCCGAGUCUGGCGGCACACCCGUGGCCACGGGACCCGUGUCGAAGCCAGCCAACGGCGCUGCGUCCGACGGCCAUUCGACCGACAAGGAGGCAGGCGUGCUCCAAAAGCAGACCAGCGUCUUCCACUGGAGCAAUGUCUGCUACGAGGUCAAGGUCAAGGGCGAGACGAGGCAGAUCUUGGACCACAUUGACGGCUGGGUCAAGCCGGGUACGCUGACUGCGCUGAUGGGUGUCUCUGGUGCCGGUAAGACGACCCUCCUCGACUGCCUGGCCGACAGAACCGCGAUGGGCGUCGUCACCGGCGAGAUGCUUGUCGACGGCCGCCCCAGGGACGCCUCGUUCCAGCGCAAAACGGGCUACGUCCAGCAGCAAGAUCUUCACCUUCAGACGACGACGGUUCGCGAGGCCCUCAACUUCAGCGCGCUCCUCCGCCAGCCUGCUCACGUUCCUCGCGCCGAGAAGCUCGCCUACGUGGACGAGGUCAUCAAGCUGCUGGAUAUGGAGGAAUAUGCGGAUGCCGUCAUCGGCGUCCCCGGCGAGGGUCUCAACGUGGAGCAGAGAAAGCGCCUGACGAUCGGCGUCGAGCUGGCUGCCAAGCCGCCCCUUCUCCUUUUCGUCGACGAACCCACUUCCGGUCUCGACAGUCAAACGUCGUGGGCCAUCUUGGACCUGCUCGAGAAGCUGACCAAGAGCGGCCAAGCCAUUCUCUGCACGAUUCACCAGCCCUCGGCCAUGCUGUUCCAGCGCUUCGACCGGCUUUUGUUCCUUGCCAAAGGCGGCAAGACGGUCUACUUUGGCGACAUCGGCAAGAACUCCAAGACCAUGAUAUCCUACUUCGAGCGCAACGGUGGUUUCCCCUGCCCUCCCGAGGCGAACCCGGCCGAGUGGAUGCUCGAGGUCAUCGGCGCUGCCCCAGGAAGCACGAGCGACAUCGACUGGCCCAAGACUUGGCGUGAGAGUCCCGAGUACGCCGCUGUCCAGAACGAGCUGCAGCGCCUCAAGGCCGAUGUGAAGGAGUCCAACCCGAUCACCGACGACCCCGGGAGCUACCGUGAAUUCGCCGCCCCCUUUUGGCAGCAGCUCGUCUAUGUCACGCACCGUGUUUUCCAGCAGUACUGGCGCACUCCGUCGUACAUCUACUCGAAGGCCUCCCUGUGUUGUCUUAUUGCGCUCUUCAUCGGCUUCGUCUUCUUCGACGCUCCCAACACAAUCCAGGGCCUGCAGAAUCAGAUGUACGCCAUCUUCAACAUCCUAACCGUCUUUGGCCAGCUCGUCCAGCAGACCAUGCCACACUUUGUUAUCCAGCGUUCGCUGUAUGAAGUCCGCGAGCGGCCGUCCAAAGUCUACAGCUGGAAAGUCUUCAUGCUAUCGCAGAUCAUUGUCGAGCUUCCCUGGAACACGCUUAUGGCUGCCUUGAUGUUCGUCUGCUGGUAUUACCCGGUCGGUCUUCAAGCAAACGCGGAGGCGGCCGGACAGACUGCCGAGCGCGGUGGCCUCAUGUUCCUCCUCCUGGUCGCCUUCAUGCUGUUCACCUCAACCUUCACCGACUUCAUCAUCGCCGGUUUUGAGACAGCCGAAGCGGGUGGCAACAUUGCCAACAUGCUCUUCUCGCUCUGCCUCAUCUUCUGCGGUGUGCUCGCCCAGCCAGACACCAUGCCUCGCUUCUGGAUCUUCAUGUACCGCGUCAGUCCCUUCACCUACCUCGUCAGCGCCAUGCUCUCGACCGCCGUAGCCAACACCAACGUCGAGUGCGCCGCCAACGAGUUCCUGAAGUUCAAGCCGGUCAACGGAACCACCUGCGGCGAGUAUAUGCAGAACUACAUCGCCGCCUUCGGCGGGUACCUCGAAGACCCCCAGAACCGGGAGCAGUGCUCGUUCUGCGCUAUCGGCAGUACCAACACCUUCCUUGCUACCAUGCAGUCUAACUACGCAGAUAGGUGGCGCAAUUUUGGCAUCCUGUGGGCGUACAUCGUCUUCAACGUCUUUGGCGCUCUGUUCCUCUACUGGCUUGUCAGAGUGCCCAAGAAUAAGCUUAGGAAGAAGAAGCAGGAGUAGCGGCUAGAGUGGACCUGUUGCAGCGGGAAGGGCUGUUCCUUCAUCCGCUGCGUCCAACGUCAACUCACGACGGUGUGUUUUAUGCACCACGUCGAUCACUUACGCUUGUCUCCGAGACCACCACAAAUUUCGCCCUUUCG